UUCAAGGUCUCCAGUUUCAGGCCUUGACGUCCGUCCUCCGGGGAGGAAACGAAACGGAUCUGUAGAUGCAAUUCUGCUCUGCUGGCCGGUUUCAGAACAGACCGGGGCGAGCUAAUCACGGAAUGACGCUGUGCUGGAUUUCUCUGUCAUAUAUCCAUACGGACAAACCGCAUCCGAAUCUCACGUGUGCAACCCCGGAGGGUGACAGUGGUGCCACACAACCGGAUAACAGGCGGUUAUCAAAAUUGGAGCUGCAGCAAGAGAUAAACGUGGCACGGGGAUUUUUGUCCGAGGACUCAUUUGAGAGGAAUACCUACAGAGCCUCGGAAUAGGAGGGUAUUACGUGGUGGACUGCACCGGGCCGCAAUGUCAAUCUUGCCCUCUUUCGGCUUUACGCAGGAGCAGGUCGCGUGCGUCUGCGAGGUGCUGCAGCAGGGUGGGAAUCUGGAGAGGCUCGGACGUUUCCUUUGGUCCCUACCAGCCUGUGACCACCUCCACAAGAACGAAUCCGUGCUGAAAGCGAAGGCCGUGGUGGCUUUCCACCGGGGAAACUUCCGUGAGCUCUACAAGAUCCUGGAGAGCCACCAGUUCUCCGCGCACAACCACCCCAAGCUGCAGCAGCUGUGGCUGAAGGCGCACUACGUGGAAGCAGAAAAGUUGCGGGGCCGCCCGCUAGGCGCUGUGGGCAAAUACCGUGUGCGUAGGAAAUUUCCUCUGCCCCGUACGAUCUGGGACGGUGAUGAGACCAGUUACUGCUUUAAGGAGAAGUCGCGGGGCGUGCUGCGUGAAUGGUACACGCACAAUCCUUAUCCAUCUCCACGGGAGAAGCGGGAGCUGGCGGAGGCAACGGGACUGACCACCACACAGGUCAGCAACUGGUUUAAAAACAGGAGGCAGAGAGACCGGGCAGCUGAGGCAAAAGAGAGAGAAAACAGCGAGAACAGCGGCGUUGGCGGUAAGCAGAGCCAGCGGUCUCCGCUCGACGGAGUGAAGUCGCUCAUGACCAGCUCGGAAGAUGAGUUCACUCCGCCGCAGAGCCCCGAGCACAACCCAGUGCUUCUACUGCAGGGGAACAUGAACAAUCCCGGGGCUCCAGCAUACCCAAUGCCCGGCCUCGGUGCGCAGCAUUCGGUGCAUAGCAUGCAUGGACAUCCGCAUCAGAUCCAGGAUUCACUAUUGGGAUCUCUAACAACCAGCCUUGUGGAUUUAGGAUCUUAGGACGUCUCGUUCACAUUUUAAGCGACAAGACUUAAAAACAUAAAUAACCAAUAUUUACGGUGUUACCGCAUAUUCUUAUGACACAGAGGACGUUUGCUGAAAUAAACUAUUAUUUUGCAAAUUAUUAGAAAAAGAGAGAAAAUCAAAAGAGCUUCUGGAAUUUUGAGUAGCUGGACAAGUGCGUAAAUUUUGUAAAACAUGUGAGGCCAAUAUUUACGAAUAUUCACAUUGUUGGAUGCAUAAAACUUUAAUAAUUUAUGAUGUUU